AUGCAUAUGUUAGCUGAAAGUAUUCUUUGUUCUACUUUUCUUCGUGUUAUAGACAUCUGUCUGAUAUCUUCCAUCUUCCUGGCUUGCUUUGCUGCCUUUCUUCCAACCUCCCAGAUAACUUUCCAAGAACAGACCCUCAGUGAGACCAGGGAGUUCGAAAGAUUCGUUCGACACACCAAGGAAAAGCGAAAAAUUUCGAUGAACCCGCUCCCUCCCUCAGCGAUGGCAUCCGAAACUACCAACUCGAAUAACGGCAGCCCGGGACCCAGCGUCCAGUACGAAGAGUUGAGCUACAAAAUUGAACAGAGGAGCAAGUUUGAAGCAUCCGCAAAUGCAGAGAUAGAGCGUCUCCGUCGUGAGCUUCAUGACUCUCGCCAGCGCAUCGACCGCGACACUAGUGUUAUCAAUGCCCUUCAUGACAAGGUCACCGAGCUAGAGGAGCUGGUCAAAAAGCAGAAGAUUACCAUCAGUACCCAGAGCAAGGCUAUUUCUGACCGUCGAGUUCUGAGGAAGAAUCAACAACAACAGCAGAAUCAGCAGCCGCAGUCGCCUAUGGGGCCUGCGAUGGGUGCCGGGAUGGGUGCCGGGAUGGGUGCCGGGAUGGGUAUGUUCCCAAUGACUCCUAGUAGCCAUCACCAGCAGCAACACAAUGUUCACCAGAGUCAUUAUCUUGGAUCUGGGGCUUCGGGUGCUUCGGGCGGUAGUAUUGGCGCUGGUACUGCUAGUGUUAGUGCUGGUGGUAUUGUUUUCAUACAGAGCACUUCAUCGCCUUUCGAGAUGCAGCAUCAGGCUCAGACUCCUCAAUCCGUGAAAUCGUUUGAUCCCAUUACUCAGUUCAAUACCGUGUUUGAUCAGCCUCCCCCAAAGUUUGAGAUCUCGGCCGGCCCAUCAUAUACUGCUUAUACGCCCGCCGUCCCGUCUGGCCUAGCUCCUAACCUCGAAAGGGGCACGGACGUAUUUGAUCCCAUGGGCUCUAUUACUAUUGCUAAUAUGACUGGUCCUGCGCAUUCGGAUACCUCGCUAGGUGCAGCUAAUUACCACAAGGACAUGGCGAACUUCUCGACUCGAUUCUUGGGCCUCAUGCGCAUGGCUGAGGUAUUCGGCCAGACUCAUGCGAGCUUGCCCAACGUCUUUCUGGAUAGUCGCCUUGAUGAUCAUGUCAAGGACUAUCUCAUGGCUGUCUCGAGCCGAACACAGGCAUCUAUCCUUAUUGGAAAUGCAUCUACCCGAAGCUUCUUCGUUGCAAGAGCGAUCAACUGGUAUCUCGUUGAGAAGAUACUAAAGAUAGGCAUUAUCAGGGGUCUCGAUGCUGCCGUUGACAUGGAAAUCGGUGAGAUGCAGAAGCAGAUAGCUUCUGACACCUCAAUCGGCAUCCGCCACCUAAUGCUCAACGCAAUCGCAAACCACCUAAAAUCCCUUUCCAGAAGACCCGACUUCAGCGGAUUCGCCAAAAAGAAAAUCCACCACCACGCCACCAAGCUCUGGUCAGUCAUCGGACCCCUCGGCCACGACUCAGCCAACCAAAACAACAUGUGGACUGACCUCCACGCAAUCAUAACUGAAGCCCACUGCCUCGCUAUCGAAAUGUACUCCGUGCCCCUGGAAUACAGGUUCGAGCUCCCCGAGCACAAUGAGCCGUUUGACCCGUUCACUAUGAUCAACCGCGAUCCUUAUAUCCAUGGCGAUCCGCAGAUUCUGCAGAACGGCGAUGCGAGGGUCAGGCUAGCUAUUACGCCUACUGUGCGGAUUCGGAAUAACUCUCAGUCUCCGGGUGAGGUUCAUUUGAUGUAUUUGGGUCAUGUGUUAUUGAAAGUGUCGAGGACGCAGUGA